AUAUCUGCCCGUCGUUGUUUGCCUCCAUGCUGCUUCCGGCCUCCAGGGGGCGACAAUGUGCGCUGCAGCAACGAGACGUAGAAGAAGAAGAAGAAGCUAAGCCGCUAGCAAGUAGAUUGUUUCAACACCUCCCUUCUUUCCCAGGUGGUGCUGAUGUCUGCAGACACAAAGAUUGCUGAGCUGCUCACUGAGCUCCAUCAGCUCAUCAAACAGACUCAGGAGGAGAGGUCUCGCAGUGAACACAAUCUGCUUAACAUCCAGAAGACACAUGAAAGGAUGCAGACAGAAAACAAAACGUCCCCGUACUACCGCACCAAGCUGAGAGGACUGUACACCACCGCCAAGGCGGAUGCAGAGGCCGAGUGCGGCAUCCUGCGCCGCUCUCUGGAUAAAAUUGCUGAGAUCAAGUCCUUGUUGGAGGAGCGAAGGAUCGCCGCCAAGAUGGCAGGCGUGUACAACGACAGCGACCCCCCCAGGAAGACCAUGAGGCGCGGCGUUCUGAUGACGCUCCUCCAGCAGUCGGCCAUGACGCUUCCUCUGUGGAUCGGCAAACCCGGCGAAAGCCCUCCCCCUCUGUGCGGGGCCACGCCCGCCAGCGGCGACUACGUGGCCAAGCAGGGCGACAAGGUGGCGGCCAGGGUCAAGGCCGUGGACGGAGACGAGCAAUGGAUCCUGGCCGAGGUGGUCAGCUACAGCCACGCCGCCAACAAGUACGAGGUGGAUGACAUCGAUGAAGAAGGCAAAGAGCGACACACACUGAGCCGGCGCCGCAUCAUCCCUCUGCCUCAGUGGAAGGCCAACCCUGAGACGGACCCUGAGGCUCUCUUCAACAAAGACCAGCUGGUGCUGGCCCUCUACCCACAGACCACCUGCUUCUACCGCGCACUCAUACACACACGCCCCUACCGGCCACAAGACGACUACUCGGUGCUGUUCGAGGACACGUCGUACGCUGACGGUUAUUCACCGCCCCUCAACGUGGCGCAGCGGUACGUGGUCGCCUGCAAGGAGAACAAGAAGAAGUGAUGUGUUGUGUGUGUGUGUGUGUGUGUGUGUGUGUGUGUGUGUGUGUGUGAGAGAGAGACUGUCCAAAGAUGUGGUUAGAGGUGAAGUGUAUCUCAUCCAUCCAUCCAUUUUCUACAGCUUGUCCCUUUGGGGGCGGCGGUGUUGUAUUUCAUACAAAAUAAUAAAUGUGAUUUUUCUCAUCUUAA